AUGUUGGCAUUCGGAGGUCACUGCCAGAAAGUUGACUAUAUUGUGGAAUAUGACUAUGAUGCUGUCCAUGACGAUGAAUUGACUAUUCGAGUUGGGGAAAUCAUCAGGAAUGUGAAAAAACUACAGGAGGAAGGAUGGCUAGAAGGAGAACUAAAUGGGAGAAGAGGAAUGUUCCCGGAUAAUUUUGUUAAGGAAAUUAAGAGAGAGACAGAAUCCAAGGAUGAGAGUUUGCCUAUCAAACGUGAAAGGCAUGGGAAUGUAGCAAGUCUUGUACAGCGGAUAAGCACCUAUGGACUUCCAGCUGGAGGAAUUCAGCCACAUCCACAAACCAAAAACAUUAAGAAGAAGACCAAGAAACGGCAGUGUAAAGUUCUCUUUGAGUACAUUCCACAAAAUGAAGAUGAACUGGAGCUGAAAGUAGGAGAUAUUAUUGAUAUUAAUGAAGAGGUAGAAGAAGGCUGGUGGAGUGGAACCUUGAACAAUAAGUCUGGACUUUUUCCCUCAAAUUUUGUGAAAGAAUUAGAAGGAAUAGAUGAUGGUGAGACCCAUGAAGCCCAUGAGGAUGCAGAAACUAUUUUAACCGGGCCUACCUCACCCUUACCCUCUCAGGGUAAUGGGACCGAAACAGCAACUGGACCAAUCGCACAGCCAAAGAAAAUUCGAGGAAUUGGAUUUGGAGAUAUUUUUAAAGAAGGCUCUGUGAAACUCAGGACAAGAACAUCAAGUAAUGAAAUAGAAGAGAAAAAAACUGAAAAGCCCUUACUCAUACAGUCAAUGGGCUCCAAAAUGCAGAGUGUGGAGUUAACAAAAACUGACACUGAAGGUAAAAUUAAAGUUAAGGAGUACUGCAAAACAUUAUUUGCCUAUGAUGGAACUAAUGAAGACGAACUUAGUUUUAAAGAAGGGGAGAUAAUCCUUUUGAUAAGUAAGGAGACUGGAGAACCUGGCUGGUGGAAGGGUGAACUUAAAGGUAAAGAAGGAGUGUUUCCAGACAAUUUUGCUGUUGUGAUAAAUGAACAAGAUAAGGAAUUUCCAAAACCAAAGAAACCACCACCUCCUGCCAAGGGUCCAGCUCCAAAACCAGAGCUGAUAGCUGCAGAGAAGAAGUAUUUUUCAAUAAAAUCUGAAGAAAAAGAUGAAAAAUCAGCUCUAGAACAGAAACCCAAGCCAGCUGCUCCGCAAGUCCCACCCAAGAAGCCUACACCACCCACCAAAGCCAAUAAUUUAUUACGAUCUCCUGGACUAGUAUUCCCAAAGCGACCCGAAAAACCAGUUCCUCCACCACCUCCUGUAGCCAAGGUGAAUGGGGAAGUUUCUACCAUUUCAUCAAAAUUUGAAACUGAGCCAGUAUCAAAACCAAAGUUAGAUUCUGAUCAUCUACCACUUAGACCAAAAUCAGUAGAACUAGACUCCUUUGUAGUAAGGGGUGUGACCGAAAUAGAUCUUGUAAAUUUUGAUGAUAUAACAUCCUCAGAAAACUUAAUGCAUCUCACUGCAAAUAGACCUAAGAUGCCUGGGAGAAGGUUGCCUGGUCGCUUCAAUGGUGGACUUUCUCCAACUCAAAGCCCAGAAAAAAUCUUGAAGAUACCAAAAGAGGAAGAAGAUAGUGUCCACUUAAAGCAUUCUAAAUUUAAAAAGGAUUCAUGCUACUCUCCAAAGCCCUCUGUGCCCCUUCUGACACCUGUAACUACUGCUUCUAAGCCAAAUACAACUGCUUUCCUAACUCCAUUAGAAAUCAAAGCUAAAAUAACCGAGGAUGGGAAGAAAAAUCCUGUGGAUGAACUUAAAGCACAGAUUAAUGAACUGCUGUACCUUAUAGAAGCACUGAAAAAGGAUCAUGGGAAAGAAUUAGAAAAGCUACGAAAAGAUUUGGAAGAAGAGAAGGCAUUGAGAAGUCAUCUAGAGAGCCAGUUAUUGCCACUUACCGAUUUACAGCAGGCAGCCCAGGUGUAUAUGGAGUCCAGGGAGGCAGAAGAAGACAAGGGGCCAUAG